AUGGAUUGCUUCAACAUGUUGAGUUGGAAUGUUAGGGGGUUAAACAACAAGAAUAAGCCCCAGGAAAUUUUAGAUUUCUGCAGGCUGAAUAAAAUUGGUCUUGGAGCUUUGAUUGAAACACAAAUAAAAGGGGACAGAAUAAGGGAUAUUAUGAACUCAUCUUUUCCUGGUUGGAAGUUUUAUAGCAGUUCUGUGCUGGAGGGGCGUAUUUUUCUUAUUUGGAAAGCUCAUUUGGUGAAGGUCGAUAUUAUUCAGGAGAAUACUCAGCUAUUACACUGUAGAGUUAAUUUUCUUGGUAGGAAUUUGGAAUAUUGCCUCUCGGUAGUCUAUGGCUUUAAUCACUUGGCGACUAGGAAAUUAUUAUGGCCUGACUUAGCUACUGUUCAGAGGCCGGUUAACCCUUGGAUUAUUAUGGGAUAUUUUAAUGUUGUUUUUCAUGUUGAUGAUAGACUUGGUGGAAGACCUAUUUCUGUUAAGGAAAUGGAGGAUGUUCGUCAGUGGUUAGCUUUAGGAGAGGCGACUGAAAUGAAGACCUUGGGCCCAAAUUACACUUGGUCUAAUAAGCAAGAUGGUGGAGCUCGUAUCUUCUCCAAGUUGGACAGAGUAUUUUCUAAUGAAAGCUGGAAUGAUAUCUUUCCGUUGGCUGUAGCAUAUGCUCAAUGGGAUAUGGUUUUUGACCAUUGCUAUCUGCUUAUCAAACAUAUGGAUUUCAGAAGGUCGGGAGUGAAGACUUUUCAGUUUUACAAUAUGUGGGUAGCUCAUGAAAAAUUUAGGGAGACUGUUCUUAAUAGCUGGUCUACUCCUUUAGAGGGGCAAGGACUGUUUCGUCUUGUUGGAAAACUCAUAAGACUUAAGCAUGUUCUAAAAAAGUUCAAUUGGAGAUCUAUGGGAGAUGUUGCUGAAAAAGAAGCUCAGCAAGAUUACUUCAUGCAUGAGAAGAUUUAUGCUAGCUUUCUUCGUCAAAAAGGUAAGAUUACUUGGCUUCGUUUUGGUGAUGAAAAUUCCUCGUAUUUUCAUGCUAGCUUGAAACAGAGGCAGAUUUCUAAUCGUAUUGAUUCUUAUAUUGAUAUUGAUGGUCACUUUGUGGAUGAUUAUGAUAAGUUGAACUUAAUAAAGUUGUUUACUUACCAAGAAGUUCGAUCAGCUAUGUUUAGUAUUCACUCAGUCAAAAGUCCUGACCCGGAUGGAUAUGGGGCGGGCCUCUUCAAAGCUCUAUGGAAAGAUAUAGGCAAGGAAGUUUCUAUGGCUGUUUUGGACUUCUUUGACUCAGACAGAAUUCCUCCGUUGCUUAAUGAUACUAUCAUCUCUCUCAUCCCGAAAUUGGAUCAGCCAACAAAUGCUUCUGAGUUCAGACCUAUUGCUUGUUGCAAUUCUAUUUACAAAUGCAUUUCGAAAAUGCUUUGUAACCGGUUAGCUGUGGUUCUCCCUUCUUUGAUUAAUCUUAAUCAGGGUGCCUUUAUAAAGCAUAGAUCUCUGGCUUACAAUGUCCUCAUUUUUCAAGAUCUGAUUAAGGGAUACAAUAGGAAAAUAUAG